AUGUCUCAAAUCACUGUCAUGCUCCUCUACCCCGUUCUCUUCGCUCUCACGGUGAUUGGAAUGGGAAUACCCAACCGUACUGAACCCAGUGCGGAGCUCGAGGCGUAUCACGCCUACGCCAUGUGGAACCCGCACUCCGCGGCUUUCGACACCAUUCUGCUGGACAACGUCAUGCAGGGAUACCUGCGCGAGCAAGGCAGCAUCAUGGUGCUGAAGCCCGAGCCGGAGGCGUACGCUCUCGGCGCCGACCUCGUGACGAACCUCGAGCGUCUGAUGAACGACGUUGUCCUGGAGCUCUUGGCGCUCCUUCCCGGCCGCGCGGAGGACCAUCUCGCGGAGAUUGAGGAAGUCUGCGAUCUCAUGUUCGGCAAGGGGCUCGCCGCGAUUCUGGUUGAGGAGUUCCUGGAGGAGGCCACGGUGGAGGACCUGAACGAUCUCGAGCUCACAGUGGGUCUCCUCCAGCGCGCCGUCGAUGGCCUCGUGCCGGACAUUCGCGCCCUCCUGCCCAAGCUGGAGCAGGUGGUCGGCCAUGUGAUGCACCUCGGUGAGGAGGAAGACACCGCCACGCCCGCCGACAUGUUGCAGAAUAUUGAGCACUACCUCCUCGAGGAGGUCUUCCUUUCUCCGGAUGUGGUGGCUGUCCUGCGCAAGGUCAAGGACUAUGGCGCAAAGUUUCAGAAAGUCCUGCCCCGGCAGUUUCGGGAGCGGUUCGUCCAGCUCACGCCACCCGGCGGCUGGACGUUCGAGUUGUCACUUAAUGUGAAUAGUGGCGAGGAUGAGGCUGAGCUGACGAUUGAUUUGAGUAUUCAGGAUAUCCUCAACCGCUGGGAAGAGCGCAAGGCUUCUGAGAAGGUCGAGCUCUAG